AUGGAAAUCACUGAACCUGUCCCUGGAAAUCCUGAGUGGCGAGAUCAGGAAACUGCCGUUGCAGAUAUUGAUCUUGUUGAUGUAAUUGAGGUGUUGUGGGCGAUUGUGCUACAAAAAUACACCGGAUCUGAUCGAAUUGCCUUGAAUCGUGUCGUUGAUGGGAAGGAAGCGGUUCCUUAUGUUUUGAUGGAUCUCAAUCAAGACGAAGGAGCAAAAUCAUCAGACUUUCCGUGUCUCGCGUCUUUCAUCGAAGCCAAAAGAGAUGGCACACGAGAGCCGUUCAUUUUAGGAGCGGGCAGCGAUAACGCUAAUUACGAGACGACAACCUGGAUCACUAACAACAAUAUUAACGGCAAUCAUCCGUCCCCCACGACGGCAACUGCCUGCGAUAUCUUUAUCGAAGUGAAGGAGGAUACGCUAAAAAGUGAGACUUUGGCGACGACUUGGUACCGGUUUCCCAGGUUCAGUGACUGGGAAGUAUACAAUCUUUCUAGCACUCUUAAACAGAGUAUGCGCUGUCUCCCUGCUGCCUACCACAGUGACAUCCGUGAGCUUGAUCUGUUCAGUCCAGAGAACAGAGAAGAUCUUCGGCGAUGGAUGCCUUCGCGAGCUUGCUCGCAGGACCCAGCCUUGUCAGUGCCGGAUAUUCUGAAGAGAAAAGCGCAGACGCAAGCAAACGCGUGCGCGGUCAAGGCUUGGGACGGCCUUUGGACCUACUACGAGCUUGAAGAAGCAUGUAAGUGGCUGGCAGUCUAUCUCUAUGAGGUGGGAGUCAGAUACAGGAACAGAGUGCUACUUCGAAGAGAGAAGUCCAAAUGGACCGUUGUGGCAAUGAUUGCUACCCUGAUGGCCGGAGGUGUAUGCGUACUUGUCGAUAUUCAUCAACCAAAGGAACGAGUAAAUUCUAUCAACCAGUCAACAGGGGCUCGAUUUCUCUUGACUAGUGAAGCUAUGGCUCGGAAGGGUGAUGCGUGGACUCCGACAACGUCAAUUCAGGAGAUUUGUGUGCCCGUCUCUCCAUCGCUGUCACUUCAAUCAAGCACGAAUUCACUCCCAACCGUUACCCACGAUACGAUCGCUUUCAUCUUCUUCACGUUUGGCAGCACUGGAAUACCCAAAGGUGUUGUCCAAGAACAUGGGCCCGUAGCCAUGACGGCAUUUCGAUGUCAGGACACCUUCGCCACAUUCUUUGAUGGUGAUUGCCUGUGUGUGCCGUCAGAAGAACAACGCCUUGACGAUCUCUCAUGGACGAUUAAUACAAUGAAAGCCACCCACAUCUGUAUCACCCCAACCAUACUUGCAAAGCUGGCCCCUAAAGAUGUUCCCUUCCUGUGCCAGGUGACAGUGGGCGGAGAAUCGCUCACAAAAGAGCGAUUGCAAGAAUGGUGCCCUCGAAUUGCAACAAUCUACGGCACAACUGAAUCGGUUAUCUGGGAUACAUACCAUGCAGAUCUGACCGUUGAUGACUCGCUAAGGGAUAUUGGGCGUGGCAUGGGACCUACGACCACAUGGAUUGUCGAUCCAAGGAACACAACAAAGCUGAUGCCCGUCGUGGAGGGCGAAGCAACACAGCUCUACCGAACUGGAGACUUGGUUCGCUACAACUUCGACGGUACCAUUCAGUACAUCGGGAGAAAAGACUGCCAGAUUAAGGUCAAUGGCCAGCGUGUCGAGCUCGGAGAUAUUGAAUACGCCUUGCGACAAACCUUCCCGGAUGGAACGCUUUGUGCGGCAGAGAUGAUUCAUCCCGAGUUCCGCCAAGGCCCAGGAAGUACUGGCUGCUUUUAUCAGUGUCCAUCCUCCUGCACCGACAGUAUCCAGUUGGUCGUUGGCCAGCGUCCGCAAGCGAAUGUCGGAAUUGCUUCCUAUGUACAUGGUCCCGUCUCUCUUCAUCCCGCUUGA